AACUCUGUGGCUCCCAGUUUUUAUUGUAGAAUUAAAAUACAUAUAAUAUUCAAAUCCGACAAUUAUGUGAGAAGUUCUUUAUAAAAUAAGGAAGCUACGCCUCAAAUGGUCAGUAACGUCAUUAGUGUUUUUUUAUAUUGAUUAUCGAUAUAUAAUUUGCCGCAUCAAUGUCAAUUGUAUAAAAGGGCCAAGACAAAAGUGUUUCGUGGACUUUAAUCAGUUCUCCAUUGAACGUGAAAAUUAGUUGUUCGAAAUGGACGAGUUUAUAGCAGCACUUACACAAUCAAUUAAUCGAUCGUAUACAUUUCCCACGACUCGUGAUCUUCAACUUCCAUAUCCAUUUAACGUCUCACUCACAACAGUGGAUUAUUCGGUGCCAACUCCUAAUGAAAACUUUUUUCCCGACCCAACUUCAACGAUAUCUUCCAUCGAAAGCACAAGAAAAUCGACAAAACCAACAUCAUCGCUUAAGUCUACUAAAGGAACAUCAGCAAAAUCAACAACAAAAUCCGUGAAAUCGACAGCAUCAACAAUAAAGUCUACAACAACCAAAUCUACGUUAAAGUCCUCGACAGGAAAAUCGACAAAACCAACAUCAUCGCUUAUAUCUACUAAAGGAACAUCAGUAAAAUCAACAACCCAACCCCAAAAGUCUACAACAAUCAAAUCUACGUUGAAGUCCACCACAGGAGCAUCCGCUUCAACAAAAAAAACUGCAUCAAUCAAAUCUACGUUAAAAUCUACCACAGGAACACCUGCGAAGUCUACAACUAAAUUGACCUUAAAACCGACAACUAAAAAAUCUACAAUAAAAACACCGCAGAAAUCUUCUCCAGCUACAAAAAAGACAGCAACACUGAAGUCGACUCUAAAAUCUAUACCUCAAACGUCACAAAUGAUACCAAAACCAACCCCAACUACGAUUGUCCAAAAACCAACGCAAUCCAAAAAGGGUAAAAAAAAGGUUACACUUCCGUAUUACCCAGAACAUACGAACCUUCCCACGCCGCCAAAGCCAGCGGUCCCGCCCACCAUUAAGAAGAGCAGGAUUAAGGCUAUCGCCAGUAACUUUUUGGGGAAAGCAAAAAAAAACCGGGUUGCAAGAAGUUGCUUUGAAACAGCGUUGAACGGGGCCCUAACCGUAAUUGUAGCGUUUCGUGAAGCUUUUGCCAACUGCUAUCUCAGAGAAGACAUAAAUCCUGUGUUGGUAAUACUAAAAAUGUGCUCGCGAACAAUCACAAAGGCCCUAAUGUCAUGUCGCUCUCUCUUCGGACCAACUAUGAAACUUCAAUGCGCGGGUAUAAUGGUCAUAGCUAUUGCUGAUCUAAUAAAAGAGAUGGUGGAGGUAGCUCCAACACUCAGUAGUCGAGACAACAAGCUUAAAUCCAAUUGCCUAAAGCAGCAUUUUAUUAAUAUCGGAUGUGCCGCCAUUAUUUUGAUUGGGGAUAUCGCUUACUGUUCUUUUAAGAUUAUAAAAAACCCUUUUUAAUGUAAUGUAAAUGUAAUGCGUUACGAGUAAACGGGUAAAACUUACAAUUCGUUAUUUAUAAAAUAGUUUCCUAUUUUUAAUUUUUAAGCCAGAAUUCUGGACUUUUUACCUUAUUAUAUUUUGAUGAAUACCACAAGUUACUGUCAAAAGUUUUUGUUAAAACCUUUAUAAUAUCAAUAAUCUUUGAAGUUAUCCCAUUUUUGAAAAACAUAACUAAUAGAUUCUUACUUAAUAUUAAAACCGUCAUUUAAAAAACCGGACUUUUUCU